AUGCACGCCUCCCUUCGGCUGCUGCGGACAGUGGCCGCGCCACUGCUACGGUCGGCUACGGCGCAGAUGUUCGAGUCUCGGGGGGUUCCGGUUUUCGUUCCGGGGCAGCCAGAGUAUGACCGGUCCAUUGCGACGUCCAAUCGAAUGUACCGCUUCUCACGGCCUGAGUGCGUGGUUCGACCGCAGUCGGCCGACCAGGUACAGGAUAUCGUCCGAACGGCGCGAGAUAGCGACGUCGACAUCACCAUCAAGUGCAACGGGCACUCGUACGCAGGGCACUCCACGGCCUUCAGCGGAAUAUCCCUGGACCUUCGAGGCAUGCAGAAGACGAGCCUCGACAUGGACGCCAAAAUUGUGACUAUGGAUUCCGGCUGCCAAUGGGGUCAUGUGUACGGGACCCUGGUCAAUGGGCGGCACAAUGGCUACAUCAUCAAUGGCGGUCGGUGUCCGACUGUGGGCGUCAGCGGCUUCACUCUGGGCGGCGGCCUGGGUCCCUUUACACGCAGCUUAGGCAUGGGCUGCGACACGCUGGCCGAAGCGACGCUGGUAACAGCCGAUGGCAAGCUGGUGACAGUGCGCGACACCGACGACCCAAAUUCGGAUGAGGGCCGGCUGUUUUGGGCACUACGCGGCGCGGGCGGUGGCAACUUUGGCGUCGUCGUGCAGAUGAAGAUGCAUGUGAAGAAGCUGAAGAGCCCUGACAAAGAAGUGGUGGCCGGCAAGUACAUAUGGACGCCAGAUGGUGGACUGACGCCUGAUUUUCUCGACGUGAUGAACGGCUUUUACACGGCUCCUUGGUCGAACAACAUGACAAUUGACAGCACCUGGAUCUGCGACACGGAGAAAAAACAUGACGCUGUCCGAUUCACCAUCGCUUUUGACGGCGGGAAAUCUCGGUAUGAUAUAAAUAUCGACAGAGGCUUGAAGGGCGAAGGCAUGACCAAGCAUCUCCGCGAGCAGCUGAUGCGCCGGGCGAUGUCUGAGAAAUCGACGCGUUUCUUGUACGAGUCACUCGUUAACCAAUGGCUCGAGGAGACCGAGCGGGCAUAUCCGGAGAACAAGACGUACGAGCUGUUUAGCUCCUACAUCUUUAACAACGAAAGUGACGAAGGCCGGGCGGAAAUUAAAAAGGCUACAAAGAUAAUUGCAGAUCUUAUGAAGACGUUCCGUGAGAGAUUCAAAGACGGUGACGACGCCAGCUUCCAAGCAACUUGGAUUCACUCAGGCGGCGAAGCCGCCAAGAAGAAGCCAGAAGAAACGGCAUUUUUUUGGCGUCAGGCCGUAUAUCACAUGUAUGUUACGAUCCAGUGGAAGGACAAGUGGCUGGAGGGCAGCAUGCGCGAGUUCCACAAGGAGGUCAAGGCGGCCCUCAGGCCCUCUUCGCUCAACGGCCAGGCAGCAUUCAUCAACUUCCCUGACCGGGACAUUUCCUCCAACAAACACGAAGAAAUGUACUUUGGCAAAAACGCAGAGAAGCUGCGGCUUAUCAAGGCUCAUUGGGACAAGGACGGUUUCUUCAAGUUUCCCCACGGAAUCAGACGGCCAGACGACCCGAACGAUGAGGUCUUUGAUGACAUGGGCGAGUCCGACAAACUGGCGCAAGAGCAGUGGGAGGCUUUUGGGGGCGAGAAAAAUAGCUCUUUCUGUGAUACUCUCGAGUAUUUGAGGGCUGCAGGGUUUUAA